UUUCUAGGAUCUAGUUCAGGAUCAAAAUUAAAAGUUCCCGAGCUGAGUAUAAAUGGCAGACAGCACAUUGUUCAAGCAGGCCAGACUUUAAACCUCACCUGCAGGGGGGAAAUGGUUCAUUCAUGGUCUUUGCCUGAAACUCUAAGUAAGGAUAGCAAAAGGCUGAAAGUAAUUAAAUAUGCCUGUGGAAGGAAUGGGAAGCAGUACUGCAGCAGUCUGACCUUGAGCAGAACUCAAGCAAGUGACACUGGAAACUAUAGCUGCAAAUACCCAACAAGUCCAGCGAAAAAGAAGAAGGAAUCUACAGUCUAUGUAUUUAUUAACGAUACAGGCAAUCCAUUUGUAGAGAUGCACAGUGAUAUACCUAAAAUAAUACACAUGACUGUGGGAAGAGAAAUGAUCGUUCCAUGCAGAGUCACAGCACCAAACAUUGCUGUUACUUUAAAAAAGAUUCCACGAGAAACCCUAAUUCCUGAUGGCAAGACAAUAAUCUGGGACAGCAUGAAAGGCUUCAGAAUACCUAAGGCAACCUACAAAUUCAUAGGGCUCCUGAGCUGUGAGACAACCAUCGGUGGACAUAAAUAUAGCACAAAAUACCUAACACACCGAGAAACCAACACAAUUUUUGAUGUUCAGUUAAGCACCCCACGUCUUGUCAAGCUGCUGAAAGGAGACAGCCUGGCAAUUAACUGCACUGUCACCGCAGCCUGGAACACCAGAGUGCAGAUGACGUGGACGUAUCCUGGAGAGGCAAGGAAGAGAGGUUCUGUAACACAGCGCAUUGACCAGAAGAAUACAGAAGCCAAUAUAUUUUACAGUAUCCUUGUUGUUGACAAAGUACGUGAUAUUGAUAAAGGCCAGUAUACCUGCCACGUGAAGAGUGGGCCAUCAAUCAAAGCUGUUAAUACAACAGUUAUUGUUUAUGAUAAAAUGUUUAUUAAUUUGAAACGUCGAAGAAAAACUGCACUGGAGACCGUAGCUGGAAGAAAAUCCUAUCGUUUGUCAAUGAAAGUGAAGGCAUUUCCCUCUCCAGAGGUUAUAUGGUUAAAAGAUGGGCUACCUGCUGCUGAAAAGUGUGCCCGAUACAUGAUUAAAGACUAUUCAUUAAUCAUCAAGGAUGUUGCUGAGGAAGAUGCUGGAAACUACACUAUAAUAUUGAGCAUACGACAGUGGAAUUUGUCUAAGAAUCUUACAGUCACUCUUACAGUAAAUGUGAAACCCCAGAUAUAUGAGAAUGCAGUGUCAUCAUUCCCUGAUCCCAAUCUGUAUUUACUGAGCAGCAAACAAGUGUUGACAUGCACUGUGUAUGGUAUUCCUCAGCCUAAAAUUACGUGGAUCUGGUAUCCCUGUAGACAAAACCAUUCUAAAACAAGGCACGGCUUUUGCUUUUAUACCGAAGGAUCUUUCAUCGUGAAAGCUGGCAGCAACAUAGGAAACAGGAUCCAGAGCAUCACGGAGCGAACAGCUGUAAUAGAGGGCAAAAAUAAGACUGCUAGCACUCUCGUUGUAGCUGAAGCCGAAUCUUCUGGAAUCUACAGCUGUGUGGCAUCCAACAAAGUGGGAAAAGCUGAAAGAAACAUCAGCUUUAUAGUAACAG